CAAUCAAGUGUCAGUUAAGUUCAGUCUAUUUAAAAACGAAUAACUAAACAAAUUAUAUUAAAAACAAUAUUAUUAUGGCUGAGGCUUGUCAAAUAGCCAGAAAACAAGACCUGCCCCCUCCGGGGGGCUACAAGCCUAUCCCUUAUAAACGAAUACCAGCUAGACAAUAUUUUAGUGGUUAUGCUAUGUUUGCUGGUUACAUUGGGAUGACAAUUGGUGGAUUGUACCUUUACAAUAUUAAUUAUAAACAAGUAAAAAAGGAUCAAAUUGAAAUGCGCUCAGCUAAAAUGGCAAUAUACCCAAUGUUGCUUGCUGAGAGAGACAGGGAGUAUCUAAAACAGCUUCGUCGCAACCGUGACGCCGAGGCUGAGCUUAUGCGCGAUGUACCUGGAUGGGAGGUUGGCACCUAUUAUGGUGAGCGGGUAUACAACCUUGUACCCCCAGAUGCACUUGUGGAGCCUAUCUUCCAUGAGUACUAUGCUCAUAGUGAUCCUGUUGAAUGGUACAAAAGGGCAUACAUCAAAUUCUUCUCUUAAACAUAAUGUUUGUUUGUAUUGCUAUAUAGUAUGUUGAAUUUGUAAGGAUCUCUAGUUUAGCAGAAUUUACCUCUGGAUUGAUAGUUUCAACUGCAGUAGCAUUUAUUUGCUGUACCAAACUUUAUUUUUGCCUUACAUAUUUAUAUUUAUUGUAAACUGUGAAAUAAAUAAAUGCAGUCGGAAUGCUUUUAAUUAUUAAAUUUCCAUAAAUCAUGCUGUCAGAAUUCAAGGACUAACAGAAUAAU